AUGAGCUCCAUACCGGUGGACGUUCUUAAUGCGGUUACUCAAUGCAAUGAGAAAGUGACAGCUGUGGAAAAGGAAAUCGAAGAAUUUACAAAUCAAGUGCGCAUUGAUUUCCGGUCAAAGAUUGAACCACUUUUCGAUAAACGGCACCUCGAGCUGGAAAAAAUAGAAGGGUUUUGGGGCAGUGCAUUUGUGGCAGUGGAAUCUCCCCUUAUGGGGUUACUAAAUGGUACAAUUGAUCCAAAAAUUGUACGGGCUCUGACAGACUUUAGAGUGAAGACAAGUGUUAGGGACGGGUCUAUCUGCCGUUGCGUGUCGGUGACUUUUCGCCCGAACAUGUUUGUGAAAGAGGGAACCUUCUCCCGUGAGCUUGAUCCCAGUGUAAAUACACUUUCUCUGCAACCCAUACUAUGGAAACCUGGAACCGAGAAGGCUCGAACCGAUUCUCUCUUCAGGUUUUUUUCUCCGGAGUGCAAGGACAUAGAGUUCCUCGAGCGCGCGCUGACAGAAUUUGAUGAACUGUUCCAAAACCCUCUUCUAGCCUUUGAAUAA